AUGCCAAAGAAACGAGUUCUCGUGGGCUACGGCAUCGACGUCGAUGCAGUAGCAAACUGGAUCAACACCGGGGAUGGAUCGCCUCAGAAUCCCACCAACGUCUCCCGCGGCAUCUUCGGCGCAACAGUGGGCAUUGACAGGCUGCUGAAGCUCUACGAAAAGUACAACAUCAAAUGCACAUUCUUCACCCCGGCGCACACACUAGAAUCCUUCCCGGAGCAAUUGGCCAAAGUGCGCGACGCAGGCCACGAGCUAGGCCUUCACGGCUACACGCACGAGUACAUUUCCGACCUCCCUGCGAAAGAGCAGCAAGCCGUGCUCACGAAAUCCAUCGACGUGCUGACGCAGUUUUGCGGCAAGAAGCCGCAGGGCUACACCGCACCGGCGUGGACGACAUCCAAGGAGCUCAUUCCGCAGUUGGAGCAGGCGGGCAUCGUGUAUGACCAUUCGUUUAUGCAUCAUGAUGUGCAGCCCUACUGGGCGCCGGAUAGUAGCCAUACGUGGGUCGAGACGGAUGUGAAGAAGGAGGCCGUGCAGUGGAUGUCGCCUAUGACGAAGUUGAUGCCGUCGAAGGUGGUGGAGAUUCCGGCUAAUUGGCACGUUGACGAUUGGCCUCCGUUGCAACCCAAGGGGCCUUAUGGAUACGUCGACACUCAUGUGGUGGAGAGGAUGUGGAGAGAGCAGUUCGACUUUGCGUACAGGGAGUACGAUACCUUCAUCUUCCCGAUGAGCAUUCAUCCGCAAGUCAGCGGGAAGCCGCAGGUCAUCUUGAUGCACGAGAGAUUGAUCGAGCAUAUCAACUCCCACGAAGGAGUGGAAUGGAUGCCACUCGGCGAGAUGGCGGAGGAGUUUCGCAGCGGUCGUUUCCCCGGCGUGAGCGUUGAAGGCGGGGCGGAUGUGAAGCGGUGA